AUGGUGAGAGUGUCUGUGGUUGUAUUAUCAGUUCCUAGGAUAACAUCUCCAGGUGAAACUCCAGCUCUAUUUGCUGGACCACCUGGAGCAGCUGAUAUAAUAACCAGCCAGCUGGUGGUGAUCCAUCUGAUGCAGCAGGGUAACCUAUAGACAACCCAACACCUGUAACCGCACAUUGAGUUCCAGACUACCUUCAACCAAAACAUUCACUACAUCUUACACAAGCAAGCCACUGAUCACCUCACGCUCGUGAAAGCAUACGCCGCUUACGCUAGAAAGCUCAAGCUCGACGCGUCCAAGCAGCUUAAGCUCUUUGAAGAUCUUGCAAUCAACUUCUCGAUCUGCAGAGCAAACCUGGAUUAAAACCUGAAAGCGCUAACGUUAUUGAGGAAGAUACGUUUAGGAAGCUUGAGAAAGAAGUUAAAGAGAAAGUGAAAACCGCAAGAAUGAUGAUCGUUGAAUCCAAAGAAAGCUACGACACACGGCUCAAAAUCCAGAAGCUUAAAGACACCAUCUUCGCCGUUCAAGAACAGUUGACGAAAGCUAAGAAAAACGGUGCCGUUUUGAGUUUGAUUUCAGUUAAGUCUGUUCCAAAGAGUCUUAACUGUUUAGCUAUGAGGCUUGUUGGGGAGAGGAUCUCUAACCCUGAAAAGUAUAAGGACGCUCCGUUUGAUUCCACUGUGGAGGAUCCGAGUCUUCUCACUACGCGGUUUUCUCUGAUAAUGUGAUUGCUGUGUCGGUUGUGGUGAGAUCUGUUGUGAUGAACGCGGAGGAGCAGUGGAAGCAUGUGUUUCACGUGGUGACUGAUAGGAUGAAUCUCGCGGCUAUGAAGGUUUGGUUUAAGAUGCGUCCUUUGGAA